UUAUAUUAUCCUAUGAUAACGUCUGGUUCUUUAGUGGAAGAGUUGAAGUACCGAAUAACGCCAAAUAUUCAUUCCCUAGCACAGAUUAUGAUUUAUUUUUUAAAUUAAAUCUGUGUUCCCUAGAUGAUCUUCACUCAUUCUUGAGUAUAAAUAAAUAAGUUAGGUUGUGGUAGACGCAACACUUCAAAAACUCCAUACCCCAAAGUUUUGGCCAUAUAUGGAUAAUAUGUCAAAUAUUACCUAUUGUUAUAAUAUCUUAAUGCCGACCUCAUAUAUUGGGGCAUAAAACAUUUUUCUGUCAAAGAUUCACUUCACUUUUUAGGUUAUCAUCUGUAAAUAAGAAAAGCUGUAGCCUCCAAAAUUUAAUUUUAGGAGUUUUAGGAGCCUCCUCAACUUUAGUUUUACUAUGAUUGAUUUAACUUAUCAAAACGAAUCUUUCAUGGUGUUCGAUGAAGAUGUUUGGGCAGUUUUGAGGACAGAACAUAGAAUCAUUGGAUUUUUGAUUGGAUGCUUACCAACUUUACCACGGCAAAAUAUAUUUCAUGGAUUACCAAUGAAAUUGAUGCCAGAACAAGCUCUAUUAUUAGUUGAUAAAAAUAUAGCUCGUGUUGUCAAAUGGAAUCGUUUGAAUCAAUCACCAGAUAUGAAUGCAAAAGUAAUAUUUGAAAAGAACCUAGCAGAUUCACAAAAACAACAAAAUGAAUCGUUUAAAAUUAAACGAAAAAUUGAAAUUACAAACAAUUUAGAUAAAAUAAUUGAAAUGAAGCAGAAAAAAGGGCGUAAAAAUAUUGAUAAUCUGAGUAAAGAACAAAUUUUGGAUGAAGAAUGUAAAAAAAUUCCUGAUAUUACUUUUACCAAUAUGCUAACUCCAUUAUGUUCAAAUGCACCUGAUUAUUUAAAAGGGGAAUUCAUUAAUAUUCCAUUAACGUUCUUGAAAGAAAAAGUUAAUCCAAUUCGCUACAAAGUAUUCACAGAUUUAUGGGACCGCGGAUAUUAUGUUACAGAUGGUCUAACUUUUGGUGGAGAUUUUUUAGUAUACGAAGGAGAUCCAAGUAUUUUUCACGCAAGUUCAAUUAUCAAAUGUGUUGAUGAUUUUAAUUAUAAUUUUAACGUACCAGAAAUUGUUAGUUUAGGUCGAUUAGGUAAUUCAGUUAAAAAGAAAAUGGUGUUAGCUGCAAUACAAGAAACUAAAAUUUGUUAUUUAACUUUAACUUGGGAAAAUGAUGAUUAAAAAUAAACGUAAUAUAUUUUUUUAAUAAUUAUAUUUGAUCAAUUAAUUUAAAGUUUUGAUGUUGUGCUUCUGGUAUAACAUUAAAGUAUUUU